AUGGACGCAAAUUCGACUGUCGACAGUGCCCCAAAUGUGUUCCCGCCUCCACCUGUUGGCCUGAACUAUAUUGCUGCGAUCCAGCCAUCGCUCACGUUUCUUAUGAUCGGUACAGUUUGGGGCGGGAUUCUCCUGCCUCUCCUUGUUGCGCUGUUCUUCUUUUCUAGCAAGACCACCCGACGAAGACCAAUUUUUAUCCUAAAUGUAUUUUCCAUUACAUUAGGAUUAUUCAUGAGUAUCUUUAACGCAAUCCACGCAAUUUUAACGCCCUUGCGUCCGCUUAACCCUGAUACUGCCCUGGUGUUCACUGUGGUCAUAACAUUUACACCAUGGCUUGUUGAACUCAUACUGGUCGUGCGCCUCCUUGCCGUUUAUCCAUAUGCACGGACCCCAAAGCGAACAUGGUUUGCAAUAUUCAUUCCCUUGAUAUUGCUCAAAAUUGCACGAUUUGUCAACAACACCGUAUAUGCGGUUGAAUACGUUCAACUUGUUCGGAACCCUGGAUCUGCAGAUCCUAUCAGCGUGGCUCAGAGGUCAUGGGAUUCUCAUCCGGGCACAAAAAUCGAGUGGGUGCUGCAGGUCGUGGACAAUACGGCAACAUCACUUUUGUUCAUUCUUCGCCUGAAAUCUGGCCUGGAAGCUCCGGGUCGGGAAGUAGCAACUGGAAAUAGUCGUCAAUCAUACGCAUCAAGAAUCAAAGCACUAUUCUGGAUCUCUGUCUCCAACUUCGUUUUCCCAGUAAUUUUGAGCAUCAUCCAGCUUAUCAUGCUGUUCCGUGAUCCCAACUUCCUUAAAGGCAGCUACAUCUUUCUCACGAACGACUACGUUGAAAUCGUCGGCGUUUUGUUGGCAACGGUGUGGGCGUCAACCUCCCACUGGACGGAUCAGAACUCGUCGGAUAUCAGCAGCAAGUCUUAUGGUGGAUCCACUGCGCCGCGGUUUGCUCGACACAUCCGCCUGAACCAGUCGGAGACCUUCACAAAUUCCACUCGAGGAGCGGGGUAUACCGCUGAUGAUGGCCAUAUCGAAAUGAAGGGAAUGGAUCCCCAAAGCAAAAUUGAAAUCGCACCUUUGGAAUCCCAUCUGGAGUUCUCAGAGCCCAGCGUUAAAGAGAAGAAAUCAGGUAUCAUCAAGGGGUAG